AUGAACCCCUCUGUUGUGGCUGCUCACAAGAGGAUUGGACUUCUCCAAAAGUUCAACAAGUGGCAAGGGAAAGCCAUGGAGAAGAUGCAAAAGUCCAUGGACAAGAUGGUGAGCAAGAUCAAGAGCUUGGAGAAGAAGGUUUCUGGUUCUUCAAGCAAGAAGAAGAAGUCCAAGGCUCCCACAUUCCCUAGGAGUAGAUCUCUCCUCACCACUCCAAGGAGGCUCCCUGCCCAAGAGCCUCACAGAGCCUCUUCUUUCGAGCCAAGGGAAGGAGAAGACAACACGCAGAGAAGGAGGAAGAGUUCCAAGGCCAGACGCUCCAGCUCGACCACCGGACUCGAUCGAGUCCAAACAGAGGAAACUCAACUCGAUCGAGCUGAGGGUCGAGCUGACCUGGAGGAGCCCCUGUUUGAGAUCCUGGAUUCGAGUACGAUCAACCAGUACCAGGACUUCUCCCAGACCCUGGACCCCUACAACAGCUUCGAGCAAGCACAGCUCCACCAAGGCCAAGGGAGCCACACACUUUGA